UUCGAUCACGAAGCACUACAAGAGCGCGGCUCUGUCUGCCUCUCUCGUUCUUCCCCACCACCAUCCGCUUCGCCUCUCCAUCUUCAGAUCAUCAUCCUCAGAGACAGUAGCUAUUCCAGACCUUCACUGAGGUACCUGACUCUGUCGGGUGUUCGUCACACAAGGCUUAAUCUGGCCCUCAGCUUAUCCGCAUCUACAACAUCCCGCCGUACCAAGCAUCGACUGCUUCGGUAAGCUCGCUGGUCCAUCAUCGGCUCAGCGCUGUUGCUCAACCAAUUUUGCUCGCUUACGCCCUGUCUCUCUAUGCCUUACGACAAGAAGAAAGGCAAGCUCGCUCAUCUGCCGCCCAGUCCAGCCUACAAGACUGUACUCGCCUUGAGAGCUCUGAGAGCCUCUUCCGCUUCAAGUAUGGACAUUGCACCCUCUGUCCGGCUAGUGACGGGUGGCGAGCGAAGGCCACCGGCCAAAGGCUCGUCUCGAUCGCCUGUCGUCGGCGGGCUCCCAGCAGUUCCUUCUGGGAAGGUCACCGUGCCUCGAGGCAAUUCCCACCUCCUGCCGCCGCCAAGCCGUGCUGGAGCCCCGCAAGACCACAAGCCUCGCCCUCUUCCUCGCAAGCCCAUUACACCGAAUGCCAUCUCUAGCACCAACCCCAGUCACCGUCUUGCCGCUCAACAGCUCAGAGCUAUCGCACCUCGGCAUCAGGUCCCUCGUGAGGUGCUCGAAAUCAGCGUCUCAAGCACCAGGGAAAGCAGUCUAUCUUCUUCUUCUUCUUGUUCUUCUUCUUCUUCUUCUUCUUCUUCCUCCUAUCUAUCACUUCAACCGUCAGGCCCGUCUUGGGAUGAGCCUGUGCCUCAGACUUCUCCUACCGAGCGCUGUUUCUUCGAUGACGUACUGGAAGACCACAUUCGAGCUCACGAGAGAUACAUUCGCAAGGGCGGACGUGUCAACCCGAGAUCUCUGUACGCUACGCUGCCCACCAAUGUGGCUGACUUGGCUGCUCAUCUGGGACUGGCUACUUCUCACAUCAGAUCUGAGGCGAGUCCGAAGCCAUCAUCCAAGGGGAUCGGUGGCCACGAUAGCUUGGCUAAUCGCACCUCGUGCUCGUCCAAGGCUACAGCCACCUCAACCUAUAUGCCCGAGACGGUAGAUCGUUUUGCCAAUCACGGCCCUACUCGAGUAUAUCCCGGUACAAAAGCGGUACCUCUCGGUACCUCUCGUAAGAGCAACGGACAGCAAGUCGACGAGAUAGAGUCACCUCAGGCGAUCCCAUCGGCUGGUGCCAGCACAAGGACCUAUGCAACGCCAAAGAGGCAACGUCCCAGGCAAGCCGACCGUCAUCAGCCUGGGUCUGCACAGUCCAUCAAGACUCCCUCGAAUGCUUCCCCUCAUCCGAUGAGGCUUCGACCUCGCCAAGCCGAUCACCACGAUCGUCUGCGCGCUCCCUACGACAUCAGAAGCCUAGCUGCUGGAGGUCACAGGAGCGCUUGGGAUGUUGCAACUCCAGAUAGUGCUUCGCCUUCGCCCCACAGUAGAUUCACUGCGUUGGCCGGAGGCCAAGCUGCCAGACUGAGAGCCCACCAACUCUUUCCACCUCCUGGACUGAUCGCGCGGAACGAGUCUACUCGACCUGACUCGAAAUGUGGACUUGUCAUCAACGACUUCUUCUCUGACCCUCCGUGUCCUGAUGUUCUCAAGGACGACUCUCACGAGGUCUUGAGACAAGUCCAGGAUUUCCUCAACAGUCAGAUGCGAAGGGCUCAGGCGGUGCCUCCCGGCCCUGGUGGUCUGCCUAACCACCACGGCCAUCCUUGGGCCAGGUGAAGGACCAGCACGAUGAUUUGCUACCUCACUGCAGAUGCAAUGGAUUCUCGAGGAUGAGGACAACCUCAAAAGGUAGUCACAUCAGCUUGCCUAGUGAAAGGUAUACCCCAACCGCCGUUCUUGUUCCUUUGGUUGCCUCUGCAGCUCUUCCCUUCGCGUCGCUAGGGCCAUUCGUGACAGAUGAUUCCCAUUUCGAUCG